AUUAUUAGCUCUUUGAUCAGCCAAUACCAAAAAAUUUAAAUAAUAACAUAAAAUAAAUAUAAUAAUAAAAAAAUAAAUUAAAAGAAUAACAUUUAUUAAAAACCCUAAAAAUUUCUCUUUCUCCCAAACUUAAUUCUCUCUUCUCGUUUCUUCUUUGCCGCUUGAAGACUCCAUACUGAAGCAAGGCUUCAGCGUUUGUCAUCGACAGGCGUGGAUGAGCCUAAUCAUCCCUAUCUGUUCGCAAUCUUUUCCAUCUCUCUCUCGCCUCUCCAACGGAAAAUAAGCUCUGGCUGGGGAUGAAGGCUAAUGGAUUGGUUCGAAUAGAAUAGGGCGAUUUGGAGGAACCCAUGCCGAAGGUUGUAGCGGUGGAUGAACCUCCUCUGGAUACUCCGCUGCCUCCUCCUCCGGAUGUUGUUGACGCUGUUGUUGCUGCUUGGAAGAGUAUGAAGAAGGUUAAGCAAGUGGGUUCAAGUUCAGGUGAUGCAAAAAGAAUGAGUGGUAAAAGUAUUAAUUUAGUUAAGCUAUUUAAUGAUCUUAAUGAUCAUUUUCUGAAAGCUUCUGAGAGUACCCAUGAGGUUUCGAAGAUGCUUGAGGCAACCCGAUUUCACUAUCACUCGAGUUUUGCUGAUAAUCGAGAGCAUAUUGACCACUCGGCUAGAGUGAUGUGUGUGAUUACAUGGAAUAGGUCAUUUAGUGGCAAAUUUAAUGUUGAAGAUGGACAGGUUUAGGUCAUGGAAGACAACGCCGAAGGGUGUAAGCCAAGGAUGCGAUGGCGAAGCUAGCACCCUGGUCAGGUCUUAACAACAUCCAAAUACAAAGGCUAAAUCCAAAGGCUUGGAAGCUCCAAAUUAUGGAUAUGUUUAGUUAUAUUGUAAUUUCUUAAAUUUUUUGUAGUUUAUACCCAUUUUGAUUUAGUUAAGAUUUUUAUUUAUUUUCUGUGUAAAUUAAGAUUAUAUUGUAAAAUAAUUUAUAUUUUUAGUAUAAUUCAGUGUAACCACAUAAAUACACAGAAAUUUAUUGUUAUUAUUGAAUCUAAUAUUUAUUA